AUGUCGAUGAGAGAGGAUGCUUUACUUGCGAAGGGUGUGGCGGAUCGCCGUCCGUCGGGGCCAGCUCAGGCGACUGAGUUGAUCCCGGUGGCGGCCCCAUCCGGCCCCCCACUUAUGACGAACCGGCUUUCGACAACUGACGCUGACGGGUUUGACUCAUCGGAUUUUGACGCGCACCCUCGUGAUCGAGUGUUCAUUCUCAUGAACAAACUCGCCCACGGGGGCCCCUACCCUGGUCGAGAGGACGACGAGGCGGCUAUUCUCGCCUUCUGCAACAUUCAGAAGGCUGCCGCUCUACCGCACACGAGGCAGCAUGUGUCGGGUGUGCCACCGAGAGCCCCGCCGGUCGCAUCGCACGAUUUUGCGGUCCCGGCGGUGGCGGCCUCGGCGGGAGUUGCGCCGCUGGCCUCGACCACUGAAGAGGUCGAUGUGCCCCCGGUUGCCCCCCUGGCCCCGGAGACACGAGAAGAGCCCGUGGCUGCGCUAGCUGCAGCUACCGAGAUGGCGGACAUGGACCUGCCCGACGCAAAUCUGGCUGAGGCGAUUGCCGAGUCGGAGCGCCGUGACACCGACCUUGACGCUCCCCGCGCGCCCAGAAAGCGCCGGGCUGUGACGCAUGACGACUCUGACACUCCCUCUCAGACAUCUGAAGGAGCGAGGCCGCGGAAGAAGGCCACCAGGGCCUCCCGCACCUCCACCACCGAGUCUGGGCUGACUCUCGCGGGCUCCUCCCGGAGCACCGCCGCGCAGAAAUCGACGAAGACCACGCGGCGGCCCACUCGUUCACCUGCUGCUUCCCGACAGCCGGACGAGGAUGGUUUUGUCGCCCCGCCCCGGCGGCACACUGCCAGGGCCGCUGCGCUGCAGCUACCGACCCCGCUGCCGACCGCCAACACGUUUGCGGGCGUCAGCGACGAUGCGAUGGAGGAUGGCGCCGCGCCUCCGGCGCCGGCCCAAAAGAAGCCGCCGCCUAUAGUCAUCCAGUGGGCUGGCGAAUACAAGGAGUUCCAGCAAAAACUGGACAGGGUGGCCACGUCCGCCACUGUCAAGAACGCUGGCCGUGACCUUUACAAGGUCACAGUGUCGACCAACGAGGAGUACCGCGCGGUGAUGGACGCCAUCUGCAAAGAUGGCCUCCCCUUUGCUGCCGCCACCAAGGGAGGACCAGCUUCCGCCACCCGAAGUUCGGCGCAGGUGGAGCGUGAGCCGCGGCCACCGACCGCGCCGUCCACGGCUUCGCCCGUGGGGGUGGCAGCCCCCGCGACCACGCAGGGCGCGCGGGCUGCCGCCCCGCGCAGGCGUCGCCGGCGUGCGGGCCGGGCCACCCCUGCCGCUGCACGACGGACUGUCGAAGACACUCUGCCGCCGCAGAGGACGACGCCUCGUGCUGCGCCGCGACCGGCUGCCGAUGCUCCGCGGCAGUCGCCUAGUACGGAGCAGCCGCCACCGGCCGCCCCAGUGGCGGAGGCCGCCCCAGCGGCCCCCACCGCCCCCAUGGCCACCGACGCAGCUGAGCUCCGAUCAGUUUGGCAUGAAACACGCCAGCCCGUGCUGAAGCGGCGCAUCAAUCAUCUCCGCCGCGUCAUCAAGGCUGCCCUUGCUGCUCACCGUAUCCGCCGGUGGGAGGAGAAGCUUGCCUCAGUUGAUCCUGGGGCCGACACGUGGGAGUUGGUCCGUUCCCUCACACGGCAUCGCCCACACAUGCCGCCGCUCACAACUACCGAUGGACCUGCUUACACGCCCGCCGCUAAAGCCGAGGCCCUGGCGACGACUUUUGCGGCCAACUUCCGGCCCCUUGCGGCGCCGGUCGACAACGAGAACGUCCGCACAGUUGAGACCAGACUUGCUGCCUUCCUCCACGGCGACCACGGUGACGCCACCAUUGUGCCACCGUCGGAAAGGGAGGUCACUGACCAUCUUCGCCGGCUUCCCCAGACGAAGGCCCCGGGGCACGACAACGUUGACGGGAGAGUCCUUCGCAUGCUGCCCAGGAUUGCCAUCCUGUACGUGGUCGCUCUCUUCAACGCCGUCUUUCACCAACUGCAAGGCUCCAGCAACUACAAAACAAGCUCUUGCGCCGAAUUUACCAUGUGCCGCGUGAUUUCCCUCAUCGCCCCCUCCAUCAGGCGGCUGAGGAACCCCUCGUCCGGGAGAGAUUUAAAGACGCAGCGCGCCGGUUUUAUACUGCCACCCGCACUUCAGACAAUCCCCUCGUCCGGAGGUUAG